AUGCACAAGCAGGUUCCCUUCGUGGUGCGUUUUCACACGAGAUUGUUUCAAAUCAUCGGCUGCUGCGAUGUUUCGUGGCAGACACAGCCGCGAGAGAAAAGACUUUCCGAACAACGCUUAGUGGCCUGGACCGUUCUAGUUUUGUUAAUAUAUUCUUUCGUCUUCAUUAAUACCUUCGUACAUCCGUCGGCUUUCCUCUUCACCAGUGAAAGUUUUGGCUACUUCGUAGAUGCGCUAAAAGUUUGCCUAGCAUAUGUUACGGUGGCCAUCAUCUAUACGGAGACAGUGUUGCGGCGGCAUGCCUUACAACACUUCUGGCAAAGAUAUGCGUUGCUAAAUCCAGCAUCAAAUCAACAAGUUGAACCAGUGAAAAUUGAUUGGAACUCACAGUUGAGAGCAUAUCAUCGAUUUCUCUACGUCUUCUACGGCAUAACGGUGUUGGACUUGAUUUUAGAGAUUAUAUAUUAUGUGAUGCGUGCGAAGGACGAUCAUAUGCUACAGUUUUUACUUAUGUUCACACCCUAUACUUAUAUGAUACAUUUACGGAAUAUGCAAAUCAUAUUCCAUAUUGUGAUUAUAAAUCAUGAACUGGUGAAAUUGCGCCACGACAUUGGCCUGCUGGCGGAGUAUACCCGAUUUACACGCAACACAAUGCCUUUCGUGGGUUUCGAAGAUUUCGUGCGUCAAAAGCUAGCUGAGAAGCAGCUGAUAUAUCAACGUAUCUAUGAAAUGUGCGACUACUUUCAACAGGCCCUUGGCAUUUCAACGAUUGCUGUCCUUCUCAUGACGUACGUCCGUUUAGUCGUCGACGCAUAUUUCACGCUGUACUCGUUUCACACGGAAAGUCAGCCUGAGUAUAUAGCUCACAGUUCAGUUGAAAGCUUCGCAAUGACUAUACAAGUGCCCUCCGUUGUGCGUCUACAUAUACGUUUCUUUCAAUUAAUCGGUUGUUUCGACGUCUCUCUGCACGGACACGCAAAAGUUCAAAGAGUCACUGAACAGCGGCUGGUGACUUUAACAUUACUUCUCUUGCUCUUAUUUUUCGUAACGACGGUGAACACCUUUCUGAGACCCACUGAAUUUCUCUACACCGCCAAUCGUUUCGGCUAUUUCAAUGAUGUCCUGAAGGUAUGCAUUGCCCAGCUGACAGUUUUCAUCAUUUAUAUGGAGACGGUGUUGGGCCGUCAUGCGCUUCGGAACUUUUGGCAAAGAUACGCGUUGCUAAAUAAAAUAAACGCCGAUAAAUUCAAAAGUAGUAACGACAAUUGGCGUGUCCAGUUGAAGACAUAUCGACGUUUCCUGUGUAUUUUCUACGGCAUUACAUUAUUUGACGUGUCCAUCGAGGUAGUGUUCCAUAUCAUGCGUCCAGCCAAUCGAAAUUUGCUCUUGUUUUGGACGAUGUUUACACCUUUCAUGUAUAUGGCACAUUUUCGGAAUAUGCAGAUAAUAUUACAUAUCGAAAUUAUACGACAUGAACUGAAGAAGUUGCGUCACGAUAUCGGCCUGCUGGCGGCGUAUACCAGCUUUUCCCGACUCAUUGUGCCCUUCGCGGGCUUCGAACGCUACGUGCGUCACAAGUUGGCUGAGAAGCAAUUGGUUUAUCAACGCAUCUACGAGAUGCUUUACGACUUUCAGCGUGCCUUCAGCAUGUCAAGCAUGGCGGUGCUGCUGAUGAUUUAUGUGCGAGUGGUCGUCGAUGCGUACUUCAUGUUUUUGAGCUAUAGUUCCGGCUGGCAAAUUUUAGAAAAUUUGUUGCUGCUGCCGGCAUACUUAGAGAUUCCAGCACUUCUAUUGACCUCACAAAAGUGCAUGAACGAGGUGAAGUUCAUAGCAUUUGAACUGCAUAACAUUCGGAGCUCCGUGGAUAACUCACUUAUAUCGAUUCAGAUACAAAAUUUCUCACUACAAAUCUUACAUCAGAAAAUUCGUAUUGAUGGUUUGGGUAUAUCCGCUUUGGAUGGAAAAAUGCUAGUCAGUAUUGUGGGCUCUAUAACAACGUACAUGGUGUUUUUCAUACAAUUUAUGCCGAAAUUCAAAAAUUUAUAAAUACUACACAGCAAAAGCAGUAAAUAUUGUGUAUGUGUAUAUGUAUGUAUGUAUGUAUGUACAUCGAAGUUGCUUUGAUCUGUAUGCACAACGGUAUUUACAUAAACAGCAAAUAUUUCAAGUGUUACGACGUUAUCAAAGCUUAUACGCAUUACUUAAA